CCAACAUGGAGAAGUCGCUCGGCGAUGACUUGGCUGGGCUGUGGGCCGAGAUGAUGAACGACGGCGGCAGCGACAAUGCGCUAGCAUCGCACCAAGACUUCUCGUCGCACGAAGAGCACUUUAUCUCGGCCCUCCUGGACAGUGGCAUCGGUCCAUCGUCGGCAGCGACACACCACACACCCUUGUCCCCACUGCCUGCUGCCGCAACGUUCCUUGAGCGUGAGCGCCAACGAAAGAUGAUGUACCGACGACGGAUGAAGGACGAGGCUGCCCAUUUGCAAGACUUAUGCACGCACCUUGAAGCUCGACGCGCACAGUUGAUCCGUCGAAGGGAGCGUCGGCUGCAACAAACGCCAGAGGAAAAGCAAGCCAUCGAAAAGUGGGCGCUUACCGUUCAGUCCAUGCGCGACCAAAAUGCCGCGAUCAUGCAGUUCAACUCAACAUUGCGAGAUUCCAUCCGCCAGCAAAUCCUCAUGGCCAUGUCAUACCAACGGACCGUGCGGCAUGCUCUGCACCACAUGAACUUGUCGCUCGCGAACGACGAGCAGAAGCGGGACAAGAUUCAUCAACUCCUUGUCAAUCAACGCGCUCAGCUCGACCAUAUUCGCGUGAAAUGGCUCGGGCUUCUCGAAGGCGAGGACAAAUGCAAUGUAACGUUCAACGCAGCGCAGACCGACAUUGCCCAUGCUGAAAUCGUCCGAUGUCGCCGCUUUCACGCGACCGCGCCAGGCGUGGCUGCGAACCGCAUAUGGCUCCAGCUCACGGGCGACACGACCAACAACGCGGCAGCAGCUCCCCGAAUAGCCCAACGCCUCGACACGAUCGAUCCCUCGACAUUCUACACGCGGGUCUACAUGAACGACGACGUUGCUCCAUUUGGUUUGAAUGUGGUUCAGCAUCGGCACGACCUGCCCGACCGCCACCUGAUCAUGUACCGCACGAUGGACGACAACAGCGGCGCGACCGACCACGCGUGCUUUGACGACGUGAUCAAGUGGGAUGUCGUGUGUUGGCUGGAAGUGACGCAGGAAGGCUCCGAUACGCUCGUGAAAGAGUACAUCUCGUACACCCAAGUCGGCCACCACGCGAUUUUGCCUGCUCUGCUCGGGUGCGACGCCGACAGUGACCCCAUUACAGCAAAACAAACCAAACUCCGCGCGUGGAUGCAGCAGGUCGUGUCCAAGUUGUACUCGGGGUGCAAGCUGCCCCCACUCCCAACGUCGUCGUCGUCCACGUAGCUCGCGUCGAGAGCCACCCCCACGAGCACCCUCCCCGUCAUUUUUGUCCAUAGCAUCAAAUUGAAAACUUACGCACUUUGUGUUGUCACUGUCGCAAGUUCGCCCUCAUCGUCGAGAAUUGUGCAUGGCUGCGCUUGGAGGAAUGACAUCGUCGUUUGGCGCGAGAACGACCGUGCCGUCCUUCGUGACGCAGUGGCCUUUCAAGUAGGCAGCUCUGUGGGAAGCAAGCUUGAGUUGUUGGAGCAUUCGAUCCGCUAGCCAUAGAAAGCACGGAGAGUCCCAAAGAAUUU